AUUGGCAGAGAGAGGUGGAGGACAUUGAAUGGAGGCCAGUGGAGGGAUUGGCAGAGAGGGGUGGAGGACACUGAGUGGAGGCCAGUGGAGGGAUUGGCAGAGGGGGGUGGAGGACAGGGGUGGAGGACACUGAAUGGAGGCCAGUGGAGGGAUUGGCAGAGAGGGGUGGAGGACACUGAAUGGAGGCCAGUGGAGGGAUUGGCAGAGAGGAUUGGAGGACACUGAAUGGAGGCCAGUGGAGGGAUUGGCAGAGAGGAUUGGAGGACACUGAAUGGAGGCCAGUGGAGGGAUUGGCAGAGAGGGGUGGAGGACACUGAAUGGAGGCCAGUGG